AAUUUGCUUGACCCAAGCAAGGCCCAAUUCAUUUCUCCCCUAAACUUGUACUCAUACUCCACUCUCGGAGAAAACCGGAAAACAACAAUGGCGUCUUCUUCGUCCUCCGCAAGUAGCGGCUACGACAUACCAUGGGUAGAGAAGUACAGGCCCACCAAGGUUUCCGACAUCGUUGGAAACGAUGAUGCUGUCUCUCGUCUUCAAGUCAUAGCUCGUGACGGCAACAUGCCCAAUAUCAUCUUGGCUGGUCCUCCAGGCACCGGGAAAACGACGAGCAUUCUAGCUCUUGCACAUGAGCUUUUGGGAUCCAAUUGUAAGGAAGGAGUUUUGGAGUUGAAUGCAUCAGAUGAUAGAGGAAUUGAUGUAGUCAGGAACAAAAUUAAGAUGUUUGCGCAGAAGAAGGUUACUCUGCCACCUGGAAGACACAAGAUAAUUAUCUUAGAUGAAGCUGACAGCAUGACAUCUGGAGCUCAACAAGCUUUGAGAAGGACAAUGGAAAUAUACUCGAACACUACCCGUUUUGCUCUUGCAUGUAAUACUUCUUCAAAAAUCAUUGAGCCCAUCCAAAGUAGAUGUGCUUUGGUUCGAUUUUCAAGAUUGUCCGAUAAAGAAAUUCUUGGGCGUCUCAUGAUAGUCAUUGAAGCUGAGAAGGUUCCGUAUGAUGAUGGUGGUCUUGAAGCAAUAAUCUUCACUGCUGACGGUGAUAUGCGACAGGCUUUGAACAACUUGCAAGCUACUUAUAGUGGAUUCCGAUUUGUUAGUCAAAAAAAUGUUUUCAAGGUUUGCGACCAGCCUCAUCCUUUGCAUGUUAAAAACAUCAUCCGCAAUGUACGUGAAGGAAAGUUUGACGAUGCUUGUGGUAGUCUGAAGCAACUAUAUGAUCUGGGUUACUCUCCUACUGAUAUCAUCACAACCCUUUUCCGUGUUGUCAAAAACUAUGAGAUGCCCGAGUAUUUGAAGCUGGAAUUUAUGAAGGAAACUGGGUUUGCACAUAUGAGAAUCUGUGAUGGAGUUGGCUCAUAUCUUCAGCUAUGUGGACUUCUGGCUAAGCUCUCUCUUGUCAAUGAAACAGCCAAAGCAGCCUGAUGACGAACCGCAGUUAGAUAAUCGUAGCAGUUUCCUUUUCUCGGCGACUAUUUUAGGAGAUGCACUAGUUUUCAUCUGUAGAUUUAGAUAACCUUUUGUUUAAGUAUUUUUAGUACAUUGGUCUGCCUUUUAUGGAAAACAUUCAAACUUACAGUUAAUUACAGAUUUACAGGCAUGCAUUUGCACAAUUACUGAAAUCUUGCAAUCCUUAAAUUAUCAGUUUGACGUG